CCGCCGCAGGCCAUCGCGCGCGCACGCGGCAUCUGCAUCUACUCGUCGAUGCGCUCCGGCAUUGCGCCGCUGGGCGGCUCGGGCGGCGCCGGCAUCGUCAUGGCGCGCCUGCCCGACGGCAGCUGGUCGGCGCCCAGCGCCGUGUCGCCCAACAAUCUCAGCGUGGGCCUGCUGCUGGGCGUCGACUUCUUCGACGUCGUCCUGCUGCUCAACUCCGACAAGGCCGUCGAUGGCUUCAAGACGCACAAGUUCACCGUCGGCGCCGAGACGGCCGUGGCCGCGGGCCCAGUCGGCAGCGGCACGAGCAUCGAGAGCGGCAUGGACCGUGCGCCCAUCUACUCCUAUGUGCGCAGUCGCGGGAUGUACGCCGGUGUGGAGGCCAUAGGACAGGUCUUCUUUGACCGCUUCGACGAGAACGAACGCUUCUACUACCACCCCGGCAUCAAGGCGGGCGACAUUCUCUCCGGCAAGGUGCGCAUGCCGCCGCUCGCCGCCUCGCUGCACCGCGCACUGCGCGAUGCGGAA